CUAAUACUGUACAAAUAAAACCUCUAUUUUCAGAGUACCUAUUCAAAAGAUCCUUAAUGAAUCCUCUAUUACAAGAGAGGUUAUUUUAUUCCUUCCACCAGUCCACACACCAUUUAUUUUUGCCCACUUGAGGGGAUGUUCAAAUAGGUACAGUACUUAUCCUGCAAGAAUAAUUAUCAUUUAGUUCUUAGUCCUUAAUUAACUACUAAACUCAACAGGAAAUUUUGACCCAACUAUUAUUUCUUAGUCCAAGCUACCUGAGAAGGUUGCUAUUGUAGUAUACAACCUUGAGCUCCCUCAGCCAGGCAAAGCAUAAUGUAAUAUAAAUCAUCCUCUGGAACAUCCUCAGGGAGGUUUUUAGAUCAUACAUGUAAAUUUAUCCAUUAUAUAAUUAAUCUUUCACUUUUAGAGAAGAAGAUAGUGUUGUACCUUGAUGAAGGUAUCUUUUCUUUUAUGUACACUGAGAGCAUAUGCACCAAGACAAAUUCCUUGUGUGCCCAAUCACACUUGGCCAAUAAAAAAUUCUAUUCUAUUCUAUUCUAGAGAAGAAGAUAAACCAUCCACAUAGCUGCUUUAUAGGUAUUUUUUUACUGGGGCAAAUUAUCCUAAUAAUAAAGAAUACCAAACAGAAGCGCUACUAAUCUAAACCAAAAUGUCCUUUAACGGAGAUGUUCUUUGAUCUGGACCAAAUAUCUGAAUGCCCUAGAGCUACCCACCACAGAGCCAAUUUGUAGGAAUCACCCUGCAAGGCAUGUCCCCAUCCUAAAGGGAUCCAAUGUGAACAUCCUCCACUGUAGCAAUUAGCCUAGAAGGAAGGCUGGGUGGUGUUAUUCUUGGGCUUCGUAAGAGGCAAGCAGAAGUUUCCACGAGUUUUUCUGACAGCAGAGGAAGCCUCUCUCGGCAUCCCUGGACGAGCAUCUCCACCACAACGGCCCCUUUCCACCCAGCCAGCGUCUCCCCUUGCAGUGAAGGAGGAGCAUCCGGCUGUCCACCUUGGAUGACUCCAACCAGCCAUCACGGAUCCUUAACAAGGAUAGUAGUAAAAAGAAGAUGUUGCGAUUUUCAGUGCUCCUGUUGCUUGCUGUCCUAAUGCCCAGCAUUGGAAAGAGACAAACAUGUCUGAGAGGGGCUGGCCACAAGCCAAGGCCUACCCAAGAGAAAUACCUGCAGGAAUGUACCCUAUAUGCCAAAUCCGCCUGUUGCUAUGCAGACAUUACAGAAAGUCUGGCUGUUUCACCAGUCGUUAAAAUAGAUACUACCUUCUGGAACAGAUGUGGAAAUCUUAGCCCAGCGUGUGAAACUUACAUGAAGAAAAUAGAGUGCUUUUAUAGGUGCUCACCAAAUAUUGCUCAUUGGGCUCAUCCCAGACAACCAGCUGCUGUUUCUUCUGUUCCCAUAUGCCAAAGAUUCUGUGAUAACUGGUAUGAAGCUUGUAAAAGUGAUCACACUUGUGUCAGCAACUGGUUGACUGAUUGGGCAAUUGAUGAUAAAGGAGAGAAUCACUGUCAGUAUGACUGCAUCCUAAUCAGUGAGAUGUAUGCCAAUGGAACUGACAUGUGUGAGAAAAUGUGGGGUGAUUCACUGAAGGUGAAUCAUCCCUGUCUCUGCCUCGAGAUGGAUGAAAUGGAUUCCAAGGUAAUCACGUUCAUUCAGGAUAGAUCCUACAGAAGCAGUAGCAGUAGCAGUAGCAGCAGCAGCAGCAGCAGCAGCAGCAACAAAAACGAUGAUGAUGAAGAAAGAUUCUGCCGUCUCAGAAUGCAAACGAGAAGAGAGCUGGAGGAGUAG